UAUUCAGUAUUGAUAAUCUAACCAAUCAGUAAUUGAGUGAUUAGUUAAUUGGAUGAAGUUGAAGUGUAUAACGCGAAUGAAUUCGUUAUCCCUUACCGUCAAAUCGGUUUUAGCGUUCCUUAUCAACGACCAUUACAAAUAGCUGAAACCAUCGAAGCAUUGAUCCUCUGAAAUCUCACUGAAAAAAAUACUUGAAAAGUAGUCGCCAAGGUCCAACUUUCGUGCAAGGCCACCCUCGUCAACUUGGGGAUAUUAAUUCUAUCAAAAACUUUCUAAUGGCCCCUCAAAUCCAACCCGUCGAUGGAGAACUGGGAGAGAUCUUGAAGAAUACCUUUACCAACGACUUCCGUUUUGGAUACGUCACUGUCGAUGGCGUCUGCUUGCCGAAAUAUUACGAGAAAUUUGCCGAGGCCAUUGAGAACUUCGAAGUACGCGAUGACGAUAUUUGGGUCUGCAGCUUCCCAAAGACCGGUACAACAUGGACGCAGGAAAUGGUCUGGUGCAUAGCGAACGACUUGGACUUCGAAGGUAGCAAGGUGGUUCUCUCGGAGAGAUUUCCGUUCCUGGAUUUCACUCCUCUCUUCGACUACAGGAAGAUCGCGAAACGUGUCCCGGGUCACGAUCUGCCUGAGCUGGUCGUGGACAGUGUGAAUUUCAUCAGGAAAUUGCCCAGCCCUCGUUACAUCAAGACCCACCUUCCUUUUCAAAUACUUCCCCGGCAGAUAAGAAACGGGGAAAAGAAGCCAAAGAUAAUUUACGUUGCUCGCAACCCUAAGGACACAUGCGUAUCGUACUGUCAUCACUGCAAACUGCUCGAAGGAUAUCGCGGCAGCUUCGACGACUUUUGCAAGCUCUUCCUCGCUGACAAAGUCAAUUAUGCACCGUUUUGGAAGCACGUGCUCGGAUUUUGGGAGAAAAGGAAUGACGAGAAUAUGCUGUUCCUAAAGUAUCAGGAUAUGAAGGCGGAUUUGCCAUCUGUGAUAAGAAAAACUGCCGAAUUUCUCGGGAAGGUCUUGACCAAUGAACAACUCACGCUUCUCACCGAUCACUUGAGCUUCGCCAGCAUGAAAGCGAAUCCUGCGGUGAACUACGAAGACGUUAUUGAAUUCAACAAGGAACUGAAGCUCAUCGAUUAUGACGGAAAGUUCAUGCGAAGUGGUACAGUUGAUCAGUGGAAGGGACAGAUGAGUUCCGAAGUUAUAAAGCAGUUCGAUGAUUGGAUUAACGAGAAUUUGAAAGAUACUGGCCUUUCGCUGUGAACCGGGAACUCCGAUUCCGUGGCAAAAUUUUGUAGGUAUUUGUACGAUUCGUGAUAGUGUAGAAAUAUGAAAAAUUUUGUUAGUUUUAUCGAGGUAUGAAGCA